AUGGCCGUUCAGAGGGUGACCAUCCAGCUGGUGGAGGAAGACGAUGGAGAUUCCUGCGGUCCUGUGUGCUUCAGGGGUCAGUGUUACCGGUCCCUCCAGGAAAGCUGCCUGCAGGCAGGGGCCCUUUUCCUGGACCCCUGCUUCCCUGCUGGGCCUGCCACCCUGGGUUAUGACCAGUUGGGGCCCAACUCAGAGAAGGCCAAGGGCGUGGAGUGGCUGAGACCUCAUGAGUUUUGUCAGAAUCCCCAGUUCAUCUGUGAAGACAUGGAUCGGACGGAUGUGUGUCAGGGCAGCCUGGGUAACUGCUGGUUCCUGGCUGCAGCGGCCUCCCUCACCCUGUACCCCCGCCUCCUCUAUCGGGUGGUGCCCCCCAGCCAGAGCUUCCAGUGGGGCUAUGCAGGAAUCUUCCACUUCCAGCUAUGGCAGUUCGGUCGCUGGGUAGAUGUGGUGGUGGACGACAGGCUGCCUGUGCGAGAUGGGAAGCUGCUUUUCGUCCGGUCAGCCCAGAGAGCCGAGUUCUGGGCCCCGCUGCUCGAGAAGGCCUAUGCCAAGGGAGGGGGGCUGCCUUGGUUUUCCCACAGGCUCCAUGGCUCCUAUGAGGUGAUGCGAGGUGGUCACAUGAAUGAGGCCUUUGUGGACUUCACAGGCGGUGUGGGGGAGGUCCUGUACCUACAGCCAGACACUCCUGUUUUCUUCUCUGCUAUCCGGCAUGCCCUGACCAAGGAAUCCCUCGUGGGGGCCACUGCCCUGAGUGACCGGGGUGAGUACACGACGGAGGAGGGGCUGGUGAGAGGUCAUGCAUACUCCGUCACAGGGACCCACAAGAUGUCCCUGGGAUUCAUCAAAGUCAAGCUCUUACGACUUCGCAACCCUUGGGGCCGCGUGGAAUGGAGUGGGGCGUGGAGUGACAGCUGCCCCCGAUGGGCUGCUCUCCCUGAAGAAUGGCGUGAUGCUCUGCUGGUGAAGAAGGAGGAUGGAGAAUUCUGGAUGGAGCUGGAUGACUUCCUGAAGUACUUUGACACAGUCCAGAUCUGUUCACUGAGCCCCGAGGUGCUGGGUCCUCAGCCCAAGGGGGGCGGCUGGCACGUCCACACCUUCCAGGGCCGUUGGGUGCGAGGCUUCAAUGCUGGUGGCGGCCAGCCAGGCAGCGGUGAGGCCCCGAGUAGGGAGGAUAGCCCAUGGGACAGGGGAGGGAAGUCUGGGCUGGGAGAGACCAAGAGCGCGACCUCUCCUUUCACCCCCCAAACAGAGACCUUUUGGACAAACCCCCAGUUCCAGCUGACGCUUCAGGACCCGGAUGAGGAAGAAGCAGAGGACGACGAGAGGGGGCUGGGUGGUGGCUGCGGGGCUAGAGGGGCCUGGCCUGGAAGGGGUGGCAAGCAUCCGAAGUGCACUGUGCUCCUCUCCCUGAUCCAGAGAAAUCGGAGGCAGCUUCGAGCCCGGGGUGUCACCUACCUCACUGUGGGCUUUCACGUUUUCAGGAUUCCUGAAGAGCUCUUAGGCCUGCAGGACUCCCCCCGGCGCCGGGAGCUCCUGGCUGGCCUUCUUCGGGCUGACCGGUCCCCAUUCUGCAUCCGCCGAGACGUUAGCCGCCGCUGCCACCUGGCACCAGGACAUUACUUGGUCGUACCGAGCACUGCCCAUGCCGGAGAGGAGUCUGACUUCACGCUCCGCAUCUUCACAGAGCAUCAGCACGCCGCCACAGAAAUAGACAACGCCGUCAGUGCUGACCUGCAGGUGCUCACGACUCCCUCUGCACCGCUGGAGUUUGAAAUGGAACAGCUGUUUCAAGAACUGGCUGGAGAGGAAGACGAGAUCAGUGCUGACCAGCUGCAGACCUUACUCAGCAUAGCUCUAGAGCCUGGAGAUUGGGCCAGCCCCUGGACUCACCCCCCUGGAGAGAUCGGGCUCCGGACCUGCGAACAUCUGAUACGCUGUUUUGGACAAGGAGGGCACUGUUUGACACUGUCGGAGUUUCAGCAGCUGUGGUAUCGAUUCCAAGGGUGGCAGGCCACAUUCAACAGGUUUGAUGCUGACAAAUCUGGGACCAUGAAUUCUCAUGAGCUGAGGCUGGCGCUCAACUCAGCAGGCUUCCAGCUUAACAACCAGCUGACCCAGCUGCUCACCAGCCGAUACCGUGACAGUCGCCUUCGGGUUGACUUGGACCGCUUCGUGUCCUGCGUGGCCCAGCUCACCUGCCUCUUCCGUCACUGCAGCCAGCAUCUCAGUGAGGGGGAAGAGCUCCUUUACAUGACUAAGAGACAGUGGACGGAGCUGGCCACUUUUUCCUAGAACCUUUUCUUCUUGGAAGGGGACAAGACACAGCGAGAGAGGGGCCACGGCCUACUUCAAGAGUGGGAACCCAAAAGGAAGGCCCCAGAUCCGGACUUCCUCUCCCUUGUUAAAAAGACA